GUUGUCAAAGAGGGCCCAAAAGACAUUGCGGUGUUAUCUGGACAAAAUGCUGAAUUGACCUGCCAUAUCGAUCUUAAUGGAUCAUCGCCUAAGCCAGAAGUACAAUGGAUAAGUUAUUCUGUAAAAAAAGGAGGAGGUCGACAAAUAUCCUUCAAUGAAAGAGCUUUCUUCCUAGAAAUACCGAAUAAGUUCUCCAUAAGUACUUUGAAGCCCUACAGUCUACGAAUAAAUAAUGUCGACAGAGAUGAUGCUGGAAGGUAUAGAUGCAAUGAUGUACCUACUGGGGCGUCGAUUGGCAAUCUAGAUCCCCACUUGUUAGUAGUUGAGCCAACAUCAUGUCCUUUGCCACGGAUUAUAACGAGGCGAGAAAAUGAGACCGUCACUUUUACGUGGACAAUUACAUAUACGGGAAACAGAGAUGAUUACCAGAAACCUAUUAUCACUUGGACACUAAAUGGUAUCAAGCAAACGUCAGCGACAUCAGAUGAGACGACACCAGGGGUCUACUCAUCUACAUUUACUAAGACUGUGGGUAGUAUUGAUAACCAGGGGGAACUCAGUUGUUCAUUUCAUUUUCUGGACAUCAAGCAGAACUGCUCAACUAGGCUUAAUAUACAAUCAACAGCCCCAGCUUUAAGAAUUUCGUCUACAGUCAAAACGUCUUCAAGUUCAACGACCCUUACAGGACACAAGAUUGGGUUAAUUAUUGGUUUACUGAUAGCCAUCGUGAUCAUCUUUGUCUUGAUACUUUUAAUAUUCAAGCUACACAAGAAAAACAAACGACAAAAAAGUAUAAUUGGUAGAACAGAAGAUGUGACCGUAUCCCUUCUACGAAAUGAAGACAAUGCAGCUAAGCAAACCAUACGUGAGUACCAACCUGAAGAUAUUGACAUUAGGGACACGAUAGGUACAGGCGAGUUUGGUGUCGUAAAAUUGGUAAAUGUGAAUAAUGGAGACACUACACCUUUCAAGGUCGCUGGAAAGAUGUUAAAAGAAAAUGCAUCUGACGACGAUAAUCAGGCUUUAUUCUGUGAACUCCAG